AUGAUCUCUACAAAGCACCAGAUGCUCCCUAAAAUGGCUCAGAAAUUAACAGAAGAGGAGGAGGAAAAAGAAUCCAAAGUUGACUACAGUGACAAUUCUUCUCUAUUACCUGACUCAGAUCCACCUGUAUUUAAAAUAUUGCCAAAAUGGGUUCCAAAGGCCUCCUACUAUUUUGACAAAGAACAUUAUUGUUAUGCUGGCCAUCAGAUCAUCAUUCAAGAAUCCAUUGAAUGCUUUGGAGCUGUAGUAUGGCCUGCUGCCCUUGCUUUAUGUCAGUACCUGGAAUCAAAUCAAGAGGAAAUUAACUUCAAAGAAAAGAAAGUCCUUGAAAUUGGAGCUGGGACAGGUCUAGUGUCUAUUGUGGCAAGUAUAUUAGGAGCUUUUGUUACUGCUACUGACUUGCCUGAGGUACUUGAAAACUUGGAGUUCAAUAUUACUAGGAAUACACGGAAUCUAGACAUUCACAAGCCUGAAGUGAGGAAGCUCAUUUGGGGCAAGAAUCUUUCUGAAGACUUUCCUAAAGCAACCCACCAUUAUGAUUUCAUUUUGGCUACUGAUGUUGUCUAUCAUCACAUAGCUCUCGAUUCUCUGCUGGAUACACUUUACUACUUAUGCCAGCCUGGGGCAACGUUGCUUUGGGCAAAUAAAUUUAGAUUCAGCACAGAUUAUGAUUUUUUGGACUCAGUAAGCAACACAUUCAAUAUUACCCAGCUAGCAGAAUUUCCAGAGUCAAGUAUCAAAUUGUUCAAAGGGACCAUAAAAGAGAAUUAAAAUGAGGAAGCAGAAUCCAGAUUAAAGUGCAAAAGCUGAGACUUUAAGAGACUACUAAGAGU